CUGCCAUGCUUCCCUCCUGGGUCUGGACCGCGGACCACCGCUCUUCCUCCCCUCGCUGCCCGUUUCUCUUUCUCCGGAUUCUGCUUUGUCCUCAUGACUUCCCUCUGCCCCAUUGCCAGGACUACUACAGGGCCGGUCCUGUCCUGCUUUCCUAUUGAGGCAACCCUUGGACUCAGUGUGAAUUAUUUAAAGAAGCUUCUGCGUCCAUCGCCUUCAAGUCCCCAAACCAUCAACCUUGUCGUCUGCGUUGCGUGAGCCAGCUUUCAGCUUUCAGCGAACUACUUACUACUCUAUUCUACCUCUCCUCUUCAGCCCAGACAGUUCAAGUACAGUCCACCAUGUCCCUGUCCCUUGAGACCACCGACGUUGCUCCCGCUCCGGUCCCCGUCCCAGCACAUACUGGCCCCGCUCUCGGCUCCACGUCGCGGAUGCCCGAGUUCAGCCUGGCUGGGAAGGUGGUCUGUGUCUCUGGAGCGGCCCGCGGUCUGGGGUUGACGCAGGCCGAAGCUCUGCUCGAAGCUGGGGCUAAGGUGUAUGCGCUUGACCGUCUCGAGGAACCAUCCCCUGAAUUCGCCAUCAUCCAGAAACGCGCGCAAGCGGAACUGGGAACCGAGCUACACUACCGUCGCAUUGACGUGCGCGACACGGAGCUGCUGAACACUGCCAUCGAGGCCAUCGCCAACACGGAGGGUCGGAUGGAUGGCCUAGUCGCCGCCGCGGGGAUCCAGCAGGAAACCUCGGCGUUGGAGUACACGGCCGCGGACUCGAACCGCAUGUUCGAGGUGAACGUGACCGGCGUGUUCAUGACGGCGCAGGCCGUCGCAAAGCAGAUGAUUCGCUUUGGCAACGGCGGCAGCAUUGCACUGAUUGCCAGUAUGAGUGGGACAAUCGCCAAUCGGGGCCUCAUCUGCCCCGCGUACAAUGCCAGCAAGGCUGCUGUGAUCCAGCUGGGUCGUAACCUCGCCAUGGAGUGGGGCCAGUACAACAUCCGGGUCAACACGAUUUCCCCGGGGUAUAUCGUGACGGCGAUGGUGGAGCAGCUGUUCGUGCAGUUUCCCGAGCGGCGUGAGGAGUGGCCGAAGCACAACAUGCUGGGACGACUGUCCACGCCCAACGAAUACCGGGGCGCGGCGGUCUUCCUCCUCAGCGACGCCAGCAGCUUCAUGACGGGCAGCGAUCUACGCAUCGACGGCGGGCACGCCGCGUGGUAGAUGCCUGGAUUUUCUGUGCUUCUUGUUGCGGAGUCGCACGGCGUUCAUCUGUGGAAAGCGAAGCGUUGAUUGACUGGGAUUCCUGUUUACAAUAUGGGCAUGACGUACAACAUCUACGAGGGAGCGACGAUGGAUUUCUCAUUUUCCUGUUUAGCGGUGCUGGUGUCUGGGUAAUUCACUUUAGAUAAUUGGGGAUGUAUUGGGCACGACCACAAAUGUACACAGUGUUUUGACCAUAAUCUAAUGAAGGC